AUGUCGGCUGAGGGCAGCGCAGUGAGAGAAAGACUUUUGGCAGCGGAGGAAAUUCCAGGUAUGAAAACUAAUGGGGAAGUUAUGCCGAUCUGCGCCAAGGCUUCGAGCUGCUGCUACUUCAAUGAACGGAGUGGACUGACACCACUCUUCACGAUCUUUAAGCUGCUCAACAAGACCGAAGCUAUGAACGCUCAAUCCCUCCUCCGCGCCAGAAUGGCUUCUCAGACCGUCGCCCGCCGCGGCUUCUCGACCACCCGACCUCGAUUCGACAGUCCUUUCCACUACCCAGAGGGCCCUAGAAGUGGUUUACCGUUCAACCCCAAGACAAAAUUCUUCUGGCUGAGGUACUGGACAUUCAUGACUGUCGGAUUUGGCGUUCCCUUUGGCAUGGCCGUCUGGCACACGUACAAAGUCUAA